AUGGGCAAAUCUCCAGCUUCGAAGGCUACCUCAGCUAAUGCAAAAAAGCUGGGUGUGGCUAAGUCCAAGGCUUCCUCUGUAGGAAAAAAAGCGAUGAAAAAACGACUGGAAAUUGAUUUGGAACAGCCCAAAGACAGAGAUCCUGUCAAUUCCAAUGAUGUUGACAUCAAGCAAAUUGCCGAUGAUCAAGACGCUCUACGAACGGCCGACGAAUUCGAGGCACAACGAAUCGCCGAGCGAGAGUCGCGGCGAAGAGAGGACUACAAUAAACUGGUCCCUAAAUUAUCUGAGUGGUGGUCAAAGAAAUUGUACUGCGGUGAAGCAGUCAAUCAAGCGAUGCAAAGAAUGGAUCGCAUUCAAACCGGCAACGCCUUAUUUGCAGCCUGGGAUGAUCGAUAUCCAGGCGCUUGGAAUCAACCUUGUUUGCGAUUUGAUGCCCUGUUCAACGACUAUGCCGGCACAUCAACAUGCAACGAUCGAUUUCUUCAGAUUUUUACUUAUCUCAACUCUGAUAACGCCCAACUGGCUCAAUAUCUCAUCUCCUCUUUUGAUCUCUACACAAUCGAGGAUACAGCAGCCGAAGACGUCUGGUCACUGCGAGUUCUUGCAAUGCGAAUUUCAUUGCAGAACCCUUUCUCGUUCUUUGAUAUUGACGAAUUUGAAAAAACCCAGAACAACAACCAAUUCUUUGAAGGGGACAAGUCGGAUCCUCGCCUUCGUCUGGAAAAUCCGCUUGUUGGCUUUUGGUUGAUUUGUUCUGAAAUGUUUGAUUAUCCAUGGGCAACAACCUUUGACGACGACUACUAUAACGAGCCGUCUUUGUCAAUCAUUUGUGGCAUCAAACAAAAACGGUUGGCACCCUUUCAGUCCUUUUUCCGACCAGAAAGUUCAAAUCAUCAUAUUCAACAUGCUACCCAGAAGAUCAGUGAUCCAAUGAAUGACCAUUUGGACAAUGCGGUAGGCCAGUCUCAUUUGAACAAAACAACUUUAGUGGAUCAAAGGAAGCGUCAUCGUAAUCUGACCGACAAUAGAUACGAGGCACUGGCGGAUGAAGACGGAUCGAGUGGGGGAAAUGCUGACAAUGCCGAGGCUGAGGACGACGAUGCCACUACUAUUGACGGUGAUGCCUACCAACAACCAAAUCAGGACGAUGAUGACGAUGAAAUACUAGUGACGGCGGUCCGAAACAACCCAAGACGCCCACCACUUUCUUCAGAUGAUGAGGACGACGGAAAUGAGGAUGAUGAUGAUAAUGAAGAUGAUGAUGCGGUGAGCAACGGUGAGGUGGUUCAGACAGAAUCUGUAGAAGCACUGGUGAGGUCAGAAGACGACAACAUGGCGGUUGACAGCUUGACAAGCCCAACUCAGGUCUCUCAGGACAGCUCUUCAUUGAUCCAUACACCUCCACCUACACGUCGCCUCGCUCCACAGCCCACUCUUGCUGAGAAACUUAACAAAUUAAUUCAAGUUAACUUGGAUGGGAUGACCUGCAGAUGUCAUAUUUUUGAGACCACAUUUGCAACAAAUUUCUCGGGAUCGGACUCCGGCACGGUUGCUGAGGCCAUUUUAUCUGCGGUGCUGACAUCCAUGGAGGAAGCCUUGAACAACUCCUUUCACGAGCUGAAGAUCCUUCCUAUCUCCGACAACACUUAUAAACAACAGAACCGGUGGAUUCGGAACUCGGUUGAGUUACGCAACAAAAUUUUGUCCUACCGGGCCCUGAGUCUUUACUGUGAUAUGGAAUGUGGGAAUUCUCCUUAUGCAGCAACCAACAGCAAGCCUGGCGAGAAGAAACUACGUACCCGAAUGCAGUUUGGCUUUGCAAGGGACACGUCGGAAGAGGCGGCACAGGACUAUCUUCACACUGGUCUCCGUUCCCAGGGUCGCGGUGCCGGAUGUUACCCGUCGCCGCUUCAAUAUGGGGACAUUGUUAAAGUGGGUUGCUUUGCCUUUAUCCCGCCGGAGGUUAAUUUUGACGCCUAUGCGAAAGAAAUCAUGCGUCACUUUGACUUCUCUAUCCCUAUUGGCAUCAAGAUGGACUGGGUUUCUACACCUUACACAGGACGUGCUAAAUUCAACGAACGUUCCCCCGGCGUAACAAGUCCUCAUGGGUACGCUCGCAAGAUUCAUGCCAAAAGAGUCGAUCGAGAAUUAAGAAGCCUUCUUAAUCCAUCCACAGCAAAGCCAGACUUCCCCUUCGCUGCUCCGGCUACAUUUAUCAGUGAUUGGAAGUCUGCUCAACAGGGCUUGAUCAGUGUGAAGGCCUAUGGUCCGGUUAAGGAUGCUACCCUCACCCUUAUUAGCAAACUACGUGAUUACUACAUCCUGACAGAGGUCCUGUAUUCGGUCAUGGAUCUGCCCGGGAUGUUCAAGUUCGCAACUACUACUAUGUUUGGCUCAUGCACCUUGUUUAAGCUUCUCCUGUCAAUCAAGGCAACCCCAGCUCAAGCCGACAAAGCUUCUCAUGUCCAUCAAUCAACAACUGAGACUGAUGACUCAGACGAUGACUCAGACGAUGACUCUUCUGACGACGAUCCCAAUGAAUCCUCUGGCCCUAAAGGCGGUCAAUUCACAGAAGUUCGGUCUAAGAAGGCGGCAACAAAGGUGAAAAAGAAGGCAAAGAAGAAGAAGAAGUUGAUCACUGAUAAUGAGAAUCCGUUCCUUAACGAUCUCUCCCCAGCCCAACGGAAAAUGGCUGAGGUUGCUGACCGUAAGCUGAAGAAUGAUCAGGAGCGUCACAAGUCCGGCCCGCUGUUCUUGAUGGUUCUACCCGGCGAGAUGGAAGGCACCUACAUCCUG